AUGCAGUCUAAACGUCUGUCUAUCAUUUCUUCGUUAUCCCCAUCCAAACAUGCAUCUCCUCAGUUCCAAACACUGCCAAGCUUCAAUCCAUACGAGACUAUUCAAGAGCAACAAAAGCAAAUGAGCGACUUGUACCAACUGCUGUCCAAGUUGAAAAUAGUGACGGAAAACGAUCCAACGAUACCAAAUUACAAAGAGGAACCAAUGCUGGGGAAGAAAUCCGACUAUAGUAUGAAGAUCGUUGUUACCGGCGAUGGUGCUGUUGGUAAAACAUGUUUGUUGGUGAGUUACACGCAGAAUAAAUUCCCCGAGAUCUACGUCCCCACGGUGUUUGAAAACUAUGUCACGACAUUAAGAGGACCCAGUGGCAAAUCAUUUGAGUUGGCGCUAUGGGAUACUGCGGGACAAGAAGAGUACGAUAGGUUGAGACCGUUGAGUUAUCGCGAUGCUGAUUUGAUCUUGAUAUGUUUUGCUUUGGACAAUAUCACUAGUUUGAUCAAUAUCAAAGACAAAUGGUUUCCCGAAAUUAAGCAUUAUUGUCCCAAUGUACCUAUUAUUCUUGUAGGUACCAAGUCAGAUUUACUGGGCAGUAUUCCCCCGGAACUUCCUCCACAAAUUGCAAUGGAAAUCGGAGCCAUCACCUAUAUCGAAUGUUCUGCCAAAAGCAUGUUUCAAGUGAGAGCUGUGUUCAAUCUUGCACUUGAACAUUUCCAAAAGGAGAUGGAGAGACAGGAGCAAUACCAAGCCAGUACCAAGAGAAGACUACUCAGACGUUCAAAUGGAGGAGCAUCGUCUAGUGGGAACCAUGGUCACUUGAGGAACAAGAGUAGUACGUCGUCAAGUAAACGGGGCCACAAACAACAUGGCUCGCUAAGCUCCAGUGUAUUGAUUGAUGAACCAUUGACUGAAGACACAUAUCAAAGCAAUCCCUACGGAAGUUUCAAUGGUGACUCGCGAAAUAAUGGCGAAUUCGAUUUCAUCAAUGAGCGAAAGAAGAUGGAAAAGAAAAAAUGUGCUAUAUUGUAG